AUGCGGCAGCUGAACAAGACAUUUAAAGCGAAUAUUAGUUUCGUACAGCUGCGAGGAGAGAGAGGCCGAUAUGUGGCUGUUGCUGCAUGUGAACAUGUUUUCAUUUGGGAUAUUCGAAAAGGAGAGAAGGUAUUAAUUCUUCGCGGCAAUAAACAUGAAGUAACCUACCUAUGUGCUGCUCCUGAUGGACACCACCUCGCAGUUGGAUAUGAAGAUGGCUCAAUACGUAUCUUCAAUGUAAUGACAGGCGAGAGUAAUGUCACCUUCAAUGGGCACAAAGCUUCAGUAACAGUUCUCAACUAUGAUAACCUUGGCGCACGACUUGUUUCAGGGUCAAAGGACACAGAAAUCAUCAUCUGGGACAUUAUCAAUGAGAGUGGCUUAUACAGACUGAAAGGACACAAAGAUGCCAUUACAAACGUUGCAUUUUUGAAGGGCAGAAAUUUUCUGGUGUCCAGUUCCAAGGACACGUUGGUUAAGUGGUGGGACUUGGAUACACAGCAUUGUUUCCAGACCAUGGUUGGUCAUCGCAGUGAGGUGUGGGGCUUUGUGCUACUGGCAGAUGAAAAGAGAAUAAUGACUGGAUCAUCUGACAGUGAACUGAGGACCUGGGGCAUUUGUUACCUGGAUGAGGAGAAAAAAGCUGGAGAGCCUAACGUUAAAAAGAUGAAGAGUCCCUUUGAAAAUACCGAAGUAACUGAAGAGGAAUUGAAUGAAAAUCCAGAGGACCGUAUACUGAGGUGUCAGAAGAUUGGCUCUGUAUUUCGGCAGGGCAGAGAUCGUGUUGUUUCCUUAGCAACGGAUGCCAGUAACAAAAUUAUUGCCUGUCACGGCACCGAUGGUGUUCUUGAGGUUUUUAAAGUCCUCAGUGAAGAGGAAGUGAAUAAAAUGAUUAACAAGAAACAAAAGAAAGCAAAGAAAAAGGCAAAGCAAAAGGCAGAGUCAGGGGAAUCUGAUGUUAACUUGGAGCCUGAAGUGGAACGAACUCUAAAGGAUGAGAUUCAGAGAGUCACAAAUAUCAAAGCUUCGGGAAAAAUCAAAUCAUUCAAUUUUCUUUUAUUGCCUAAUGGGGAGCUUAAGGUUGUGAUGCUGCUGCAAAACAACACUGUUGAGGCUUACAACCUGAACGUAACAGUGAAAGUGCCAGAGUGCACGAAGACAGCCAGGGUUACUAUCGCAGGUCACAGGACAGAUGCAAGAACCAUCGCCUUCAGUUCUGACAACAUUGCAGUACUCUCUGCAUCUGCUGAAACAGUCAAGAUAUGGAACAGAUCUACACUACAAUGUAUCAGGACCAUGGCUUGUGAUUACGCUCUCUGCUCUCUCUUUGUUCCUGGGGAUAGGCAAAUUAUCUUGGGAACAAAGUCUGGAAAGCUACAGCUCUUUGAGUUAUCCUCUGGGAAUUUGUUGGAGACACAUGAUGCCCAUGAUGGAGCAGUGUGGUCCAUUUCAUUGGCACCAGACCAGCGUGGUUUUGUUUCCGGAAGUGCUGACAAGAUGGUGAAGUUUUGGGAAUUUGAAUUGGUGAAAGAUGAAAAUACAACACAGACAAGACUCUCUUUGAAUCAUAUUCGCACUCUGCAGCUCGAUGAAGACAUCUUGUCUGUCUGUUACAGCCCUAAUCAGAGGUUGCUAGCGGUAUCACUGCUUGAUUGUACUGUUAAAGUAUUCUACACAGACACGCUGAAGUUUUUCCUGUCUCUUUAUGGACACAAGCUCCCUGUGCUCUGUAUGGAUAUCUCCGAUGACAGCAAUCUAAUUGCAACUGGGUCAGCUGACCGGAAUGUGAAAAUUUGGGGAUUGGAAUUUGGUGACUGUCACAAAUCUCUCUUUGCUCACGAUGACAGUGUAAUGUCUUUGAGGUUUGUGCCAAAAACUCACCUCCUCUUUACUGCUGGGAAGGAUCGGAAGAUCAAACAAUGGGAUGCUGACAAGUUUGAGCACGUUCAGACAUUGGAAGGCCACCAUGGAGAAGUAUGGUGUAUUGCCAUUAGUCCUAAUGGAGAUCACAUUGUUUCUUCCUCUCAUGAUAAAUCUCUUCGGCUGUGGGAACGAACAAGAGAACCGAUCAUCCUGGAGGAAGAGAGAGAAAUGCAAAGGGAAGCAGAAUUUGAAGAGAGUAUGGCAAAAGGAAAUGAACCUUUGGUUCCUGGAGAGAAAGAAGGAGAAGCAGGCUUAGCUGGGAAGAAGACUAUAGAAACUGUUAAAGCUGCUGAGCGGAUCAUGGAAGCUAUUGAAUUGUACAGGGAAGAAAGCAAGAAACUGGAGGAAUACAAUCAAGCGUGCAAAGUUUCAGGCAAAAAGCUGCCUCCACCUACUAACCCUAUACUGGCUGCGUGUGGAAACAUUUCACCAUCCCUCUAUGUUUUAGAUGUCAUUCGAAAAGUCAAAUCAAGUGAAAUGGAGGAAUCCUUGCUCGUCCUACCAUUUUCCUACAUUCCUGAUCUGCUCACACUUUUUAAUGAGUACAUUCAACUUUCUCUAGAGGUUGAACUCAUUUGCCGCUGCCUUUUCUUCCUGCUGAGGAUUCAUUUUGGCCAGAUCACAAGCAACCAGAUGCUCCUUACAGUCAUUGACAGCUUGAGAAAAAACACAAUAGGAAAGAUUAAUGAAAUGAAGGAUGUCCUUGGCUUUAAUAUGGCUGGACUACAAUUUUUACAAAGAGAGAUAGAAGCUAAAGAAGAUGUAAGCUUUUUUGCUGAUGCAACUGAGAAAUUCCAAGAGAAGAAGAGAAAAAGAAAGAAGCAAGAGAGAGCUAUUCUGAUGGUCAUGUAGGAUUGCUGCAAGGAUCUUCAAACUUUAUUUAAUGAUGGACCUUUUAAUAUCACAUAAGACUGAUGAGGUUGGCAAAACAGAAUCGAAAAAAGAAAUGUGCAUCUGAUCCAAAAACCUGGAAAAAUGCUAACUUCCCAUUCCACAAUAUUCACUCGGAUUUAUACCAGACAAAACAUGAUUACCUAUUGACAAUUAAUUAUGCAUCUAUUUGGAUUCUUUUAUGCACAAACACCAGCUCAGCAGCUCAUGUAUAAGUGUGGUUUAAUAAAUGCUUAGUUUUGUUUGCA